AGAGCCGCGUCGCGGUAGGUGGAACCUGGAGCGCAACAAGUGGCCGGGCUGCGCGGAAUGGACAAGCUGAAGCGGGUUCUCAGCGGGCAGGACGCGGAAGAGCCGGGGCCCCUGGACGAGGUAGUUGAUGCAACUUCUCUGAGUUGGAGCACAAGAGUGAAAGGCUUCAUAGCUUGUUUUGCUAUAGGAGUUCUCUGCUCCAUUUUGGGUACUUGCCUGCUAUGGGUGCCCAGGAAAGGACCAAUAUUGUUUGCAGUAUUUUACACACUGGGAAAUAUCUCAUCCAUUGGAAGCACCAUCUUCCUUAUGGGACCUAUGAGGCAAUUGAAAAGAAUGUUUGAACCAACUCGUUUAAUAGCGACUAUAGUCAUGCUUUUGUGUCUCAUAUUAACUUUGUGUUCAGCUUUCUGGUGGCACAACAAGGGACUUGCUCUUAUCUUCUGUGUAUUGCAGUUUUUUGCCUUAGCAUGGUAUAGCAUUUCCUAUAUACCAUUUGCAAGGGAUGCUGUGAAGAAAUGUUUUGCCGUAUGCCUUUCCUAACAGGGAAGUGGGAAACUUCAUCUAUUUAUAAGGAAAUGUCACAGAGAGGAAGACCUGUACAACCAAUUUGCCUUCAAGUGACUGUAUCUGCCCUCCUAGAGCCAAGCUACUUCGCUUGCUAAUUUAAACCUGCAUACCACCGAACAAAGCAACUAUCUACUGCGCCGAAGGAUAAGGAAUUUUUUUGAUAAGCCCCAGGAUCAUUGCUUAACCAAACUUUGGUGUGCAUUUUGGCACAAAGCUGUUUUCUGAAUUAGACAGAGAAUCGUGUUGUAGUUCAUAAGUAAAUGAAGAUUUAAAUCACUGUUUCUUAUUUAGACAGUUUUUUUUCUUACAGGGGAUAGCUUUCAAACUAGAUUCUGGGACCUGAGAUAAAAAAUAUAGUGGAUUUGGGGACUUUUCCUUGUGAGUUUCUUGAGUCUUAUUUUCAGAAAUGCAGGUCUUACUUCCCCUGAUUGCUUUGCCUUCUACAGUUCUAUUUACUGCAAUAAUGUAAAGGAACCUUGUGGAACUAUGUUACUGUCUUCUAACCUAACAGAAUAUAUGGUUCCGUAUAACUUUGUUAAUAGUGAAUCAUUGUCAGAGCAGUAACAGAAAUGGCGACAAAGGAACUAUAAAUUGGAAUUGCAACCAAGUGCUCUUCAGUAUCUGCAACUAGCUUACUAAAGUUCGUUAUUAAGUUCUUAAAAUUGCUGCCUGUAUUGGAAUUGUUUACCAGUUCUGCUGGUGCUGUUCCAAUUCUCCCCUCCCCCCACCUUCCACAUUCUGUAUUAGAAUGCUCCAUUCCUCUUUGAAAUUAGUAAAUAUGAUUACUUUCAAGCUGUAUGAAAACCACAGUCCAAGCGUAGUAGACUGGUUACAGGCUGAAAGUAAAACUGGCUUUAUUUUCAGAAAAGCCUCUCAGUGUAUCCAACUUUAAUAUUUGCCUUCCAUUUCCAUUGACUGCAUAGCCAUUAAUUGCUGUGAGUUGGAGGGUAGGGUUUUUUUACAUUUUAUUUUAAUAGGACAAUGUCCUACAGUUAUUGGAGUAGGCAUCCAGGAACUGGAAAUUUCUGUCACAUUCCUUUACUCUAUUUUGGAUGCUGUUUCAUUAAUUUAGUCUUGGUGUAACAAGGAAUGAAGAGUUUGCAAAGGGGUACUGUGGUUUCUAGAGAGUAUUUGUUAUUGGUCUGACUUUUGCUAUUCUAAUACUUUUUGAUGCUUAUGUUUUGGAAUUGUCUUUAUAUCUUGAGAAACAAUAUAACAUGUAAUGUUUAUUUCCAAAAGAUAAGAACUGUUAAACAAAUCUAUUACUGUAGGUUCCCUUCUUCAGAAACUCAUGGGGCUGAUCGUUUCUGGGAGCUUUAUCCAUCAUUUGGAAAAAUCUGUGCAUCCAAACACAGAAUUUUUCCUGCACUGCUCAGGAGUAGAAGACCUAAGCCUAGUUUUAUACAUACUGGAUAUAACUUUUCUAUGUGCAUGGUUAGCUAAUUUUUGCUUCUCUUAAUACAUUAUUAGCUAUUUAUAGCUAGGGGAUUUAGAAGUUUUCCAGGCAAGCUAAUUAUGUGAAGUUUAUGAACUGUAAAUAUUCAAAAAGUAUUUUAAGAACAGAGUUCUCUGUUGUAGCUUUGAUUUCAAUAAGCUAUAGAAAUUACAGUUUGUGAAAAUCUGUAGUUCUCCCUCCAUUUACCUUAAGAAAUUGGAAGAUUGUAGCCUUGUUCAUGCAUGCAUUGCAUGUAAAUGAAAAAAAAAACACAGAAAAAUACUUAAGGAUACAGUAGCUCUGUUAAAAGAUUGAUAGCAUGUUUACCACAUGCUUCUGUCUUCAGAAUGAUUACUACUUAAUUAUACAUAGAUGCAUUUGAUAAUUGAGAAUAUAGGCUUUAUCCUACUGACUGGCUAACAGAGGAAAGUGCCUCCAUUAUCUGAGCCAAAUGGUGGGCUAGAACCCACUGUAUGUAUAUAGUUGGCAUAUCUCCAGUGCCCAUACGUAAAGUACCCCUCUGUGUCCUUAACACAAGAUAUUCUAGUACUUUAAAUAUAAUGACUGAUCAAGAUCUAAAGAAUGGAAAAGGAAAUAAAGUAGGAUGUCAAGUAAUCACUAUAGUACUCCAGAUGCCCAAAAGGGCUAUUGGACCAUUAAAUGCAGUACAAAAAGCAGAAUUUCUUUUGGCAGUUUCCGCAUAGUUGCCAUGCUGAAUGAUGAAGCAUAUUGCAGAAGUAUUUUUAAGAGGUGAAUAAUUUCUGUGUAGUUGGUAAGGAUAAUAAAUUAUGCUGUAAAAUUUGUAGAUUAUGUGAACUAAUUGUGGUGAAAGGUUUAAGUAAAAAUGUCUUUUUUAAAAAGAAGAAAGCGCCUAAAUCCCUUCACGUUUCUAAAGGAAUAGUUCUAAUAACUUUGCCAGCUUGCCUUUUAGUCUGAAAUGUAGUUAUUUCUUCAAAUAUCAGAAAGUGAUUUGGGAAAAAAGAGUUGUUCAUAGUGUGCACAAACCUUAUUUGGCUGGAAGUGACAGUAGACCAAAACAAAGUGGGAUAUGCAUGGGAAGCAGUGCCCCUCUCCACUCACUUUGAGUUCUCAUAGUUCUUCUAUCUGUCUCCACAUGCAUUUCUUAAUAGCAUGGUCAAAUGGGAACAAACUUUAAAAAAGAAGCAAGCCAUCAAGUGCUAUCCUAGAGCUUAGAAAACUUUCAAAGAACUCUGCAGAUUUUUCAGGCUUUCCUAUCUGUAGCCAUAUGUUCAUUCUAGGGGAAGAAUUAGUAGUUUCACUAGUUCAGCUGUCAUGUUUUGGAUCAUUUGUGUAGUUUGUUUACAGAAUUCAAUGCACCUGGAUCAGUAGUUUAACUUUUGUACAUUUAGCACAUAGACACACAAAGCUCACAUUGCUGCCUUUUUCUUAAUCAAUUACACUCUUAAAUAUUGCAGUAAGUAAUGAGAUGCACUUCAAUGUUUACACUAAUGUUUUUAGCAGUAACUUUUCUAUCUAAAAUCUGUCCUCCAUUUGAGUAAUUUUAUAAAUAUAGUCUUGCUAAAUUUUCUACUUUGGGUUUUUUUCCCACUAGUUGAAAUUUUCAAAUGAUUUUUGAAUUGCAGUUUUGUUAGUUAUUUUCUAUAAAAGCAUCUUUAAAUUGUGACACUGUGUGUCCUGUUCCUCCCUUCCCCCACUUCCUGGAAAGCAUGGAAUUGUUCUAAAUGUGCAUUAAAAGAGCAGGACACAGCUCUUGAUAGUGUUGCCUGGCCCAAGCUCCGGCACCCUUAAAAUUAUCCCUGUACUUUAAGUUUCUGUGUGCAUUGCUUGUCAGUCAGCCUUAGUGUUUAAGAUAAGACAUUAACUUCCUGCAACAGAUGAGUUCACCUGUACUAAUCUUCCUUGUCCCAAGUGUAUUAUAUUGCUGGUUUCUUAAAUUCAUUAAUCUUGGUAACUUCAUGCUGUGCUUGAUUAUAAUACUGCUUAAACUCAAUCUUUGCUGUAACUGUAAAUAUGUUGAUGUCACAGCCAGUAAAUAUAAGAGGCCUCUUUGAAGGUUCAGCUAUGCUUAAAAGGACUUAAAUUUAUUUUUGCAAAAGCCUCUGAAAUUGUUUGAUCAAGGAAGAAAAUGAUGACAGGGAAACUUUUAUUCCCCCCAGCUCUCGCCCCCCACUAUUUGCUUGUUGCAAAAAGUCACCUUUGUGCUGUUUUAACCCUGCCCCUCUCCAGGAAGAAACAGAUACCGGAAUGUUUCCCUUGCAGGAGUAAAAGCCUGAGGGAAGAAAGAGUUAAAGCCCCCAUGCUGCCCCCCCCUCCUUGAUCAAACAAUCCUUGAGGCUAGUAGUUGCAGAAGGAAAGAAUAGAGUGGGGGGUGGAACAGUCCUCGAGCCCCAGUUAACCUUUUUUUGGAAAACAGAAAGUGCCUAACUCACACAGCAUAACUUUUAAAAGAAUUUUAAAAAUAAGGUUGUGGCUUUUUUCAUCUUGAAUGGAUGAUUUUGUACACAUUUUCUAUUGUACCUAUUUUGUAUUUUGUUUUGCAUUGUCUGCUUUAAAAAAAACUCUUUGCUACAAUAUCCCUUCUGUAAUAAAGGUGUGUUUCACAAGAAGUGUAUAAUUUUCAAUAAAGUUGACACUGAAGUAA